AUGAAAAAUGUUUUAAAAAAAAAGUUCGUAAGAAACUUUUGCUACAAAAUAUGUAUCGCAGGUGCCUGUAAUAGUGGUAAAUCUUCACUGAAUAAUGAUAUAUUAGAUAGAUUAAAUGUUAGUCAUAAAAAAUCAGUUAUAAGUAAUGUGGAAAAUUAUUGUAUAAAAAAUAAUGAGAAUGUUUUUAAACUUCAUAAAAAGAAAUGCUCUCUAACAGAUACAAUAGGAUUAAAUGAACGAAUGUUAAAUAAAUUAGAAAAAUGGAAAUUAGAAGGUUAUAAUAUGGAUAUGGAAACUAAUAAUAUUUUAAAAAAUUAUUAUAAUUUAAUUAUGGAUAGUAAUUUAAUAUUUAUAUGUAUAAAACAUUCAGAAAUAAGACAAAGUGAUAUUCUCUCAUAUAAUAUUAUAAAAGAUAUGUAUAAAAAUAUGGACAAUAUAUAUACUAUAGUUUAUAAUAAUAUAAAAGAUAUAACAAAUACACAACAUAAUGAUAUAAUACAAUCUUAUAAUUUUCUUCAUAUAUAUGAAUAUUUUACUAAUAUUAUUUUAUAUCCAUAUGACAAAAAUGAAGAUCUAACAAAUGUUAUUAAAGAAAAAAUUAUAAAGUUUUAUGAAAGACAAAAUGUAAAAACAAGUCAACAAAAUUGUGACACUUUGAAAAAUCAUGGUGAAUUCAAAAAAAAUCAUAUCAAUCAAUAUAAUGAUAAUACAUUAAACAAUUGUCAUAUAAAUGAGAACAAUUUGAAUAAUGUUAAUAAAGAGGAACGUAAAAAACAAAAUGGAAAGAAAGUUGUAGAGGAAAUUGUAGAGGAAGAACUCAUUUUUAAUAAUAAUCAAAUGGAUGAUAUAAUUGAUGAGAGUGUAAGAAUUUUUCAUCCCUCCAUAAGUUUGGAAACAAAAAAUUAUUUUUACAAAUUUGUAAAUUUGAAAAAAAAAGAUAAAUCUAAUAUGAAAUUAUUUAACGAUUAUUUUAGUGAACAAAUAUUGAAUAGGACUCCUUUGAAAAUUGGUCAGGUAGAAUUUAAUGAAAAAAAAAAUAAAAUAUUAAAAAAAAUAAAUAAUAAUAUAAAUAAUAAUAAUAAUAAUAAUAAUAAUAAUAAUAUUGGUGAUAAAUAUCAACAUAAUAAUUUAAUUACAAUGAACAAUGUAAACAAUACAGAUGAAAAACAAACAAAAUAUAGAACAAAAGAAUAUUCGAUCAACACAAAUGUAAAUCAUAUUAAUACAAAUCCUUCUAUUGAUAAUAUGUUUUAUCAAUAUAAUGAUAAUUAUUAUGAAGAUAUAAAAAAAGAACAAGAUUCCUUUGAAGAGACAUAUAGAAAUGAAGAUAAAAAUAAUUGUGAUCAUACAAAUAAAUUUAGAGAAUAUUUUUUUAACAAAAUACAAAAUAAUUAUAAUUUUGAAGAGAAAAAAAAAAAAGAUAUACAAGCAUUAAAAAAUAAAAGAAUUAGAAUACUGAAAAAUAUUCUCAAUAAAAAAGAAGAUGUUAAUCCAUAUGAUUUGAUAAAUAUCAAUGAAAAGAAGUAUGAUAAGGAUAUUCAAGAAAAUCAUACAAAUGUGCCUUUGUUUUAUGGUGCAACAAGUGAUAUUAUAAAUGAAGAAGACAAACAUGCAAACAUAAUGAAUAACAAACAUGUAAACGAUAAAUAUGUAGAUGAUGCGGAGCAUAAUAAUAUUGAUGAGAAGAUCCAUAGUGAUGUGAAUAAUAAAAUGGAGUGCAGUGUUGUUGUUAAUAAUUUUAUUAAUGAUGAUAAGGAGAAUAUGAAUAUAAAUGGACAUAAAAAUAAAAUAAUGAUGAAUGAUGAAAAUAUAUGUAAUAAAGAUAUAAAGGUAUGUGUGUUAGGAGAAAAAAAUUGUGGUAAAACAAGCUUAAUUGAAAGUAUUUUAAAAAAUAAUAUAAUUAAUGAGAAUGAUAUAUAUGAAUUAUUUGGAACAAGAAAAUAUAUAAAUAAUGAUAUGAGUUUUUAUUAUAAGAAUAAGAAAAUAGAAAUAUUAGAUACUUGUAGUUUAAAUAAACAACAUAAAUUUAGAAAUGAAGAUCAAUUUUUUGAUGAAAAUCAUAGAGUAUAUACUAAUAUAAGAAAAAGUGAUAUAUGUAUAUAUAUUAAAGAAAUUAAAAAUAAUAAUAUAAAUUUAAAUAAAUUUGAUAAAAAAAUGAUUUUCUAUUUAUUAAAAGAAAAGAAAAAUAUUAUUUUUAUUGUAAAUAAAAUAGAUUUAAUUCUAACAAACUUUGAAAAAAAAAGAAAUGAAUUUUUACAAACAUUUUCAAACCUAUUUAAUGAUAUACCUAUCAUAUUCCUUAAUACAAAAAAUAAUAUACAUAUUAAUACAUUAUUAAAUAAAAUUAUUCAUAUUCAUAAAAUGAAUAAUAUUAUUAUAUCUACAUCUCUUUUAAAUAUUUUCCUUAUGCAAUUCUUAAAAUUAUUUCCAAUUCCAUGGUUAAAAAAAAAAAAAUGUCAUUUUAAAUAUAUAAAACAAAUAAGCACUAGUCCAAUCACAUUUCUUAUAUUUACAAACUUAUAUAGAAAAAUACCCAACAAUUAUCUUACUUUUUUCAAAAAAAAACUUAAACACGAAUUUGACUUACGAUAUAUAAAUAUUCAGUUUGUUUUUAAAACUACAUGUGAUAAUAAAGAGAAGGUCAAGGGCCCUCGAAUUAAAUGA